UGAUCCUGAUUUCUGUGUCGACUUCGUGGCAAGAUCAAGGAAGGCAAAGGGGGAACACUGUUAUUUUAAAUGACUGUAACGAUUUAUCACAGACAUCCAAGAAUGGAGUCGUUAUUUUCAAAGUAUUCAAAAAUUGCGGGCGUUGUUGCAUCAUAUUGGAUGAUAUCCAUUACAAUGGUUUUCACCAACAAGUACCUCCUCAGCAGCCCUGAACUCAAGCUGAACGCGCCCUUGUUUGUGACAUGGUACCAGUGUGUGGUGACCGUUCUUCUGUGUAUAAUCCUACGAGUGUUGGCCAAAUUUUUCCCGUCCAUGAUCUCAUUCCCAUCCACGGAGAUUGACCUCAAACUCAGCAGAUCAGUUUUACCAUUGUCCAUUAUCUUUGUGUCAAUGAUUACAUGCAAUAAUCUAUGUCUGAAGUAUGUGGGAGUGGCUUUCUACUAUGUUGGACGCUCUCUCAGCACCGUCUUCAAUGUGGUAUUCUCGUACCUGAUCCUGAAGCAGGCCACCUCUUGUAAGUCCCUUGCCUGCUGUGGUGUCAUCAUUGCUGGCUUCUUUUUGGGAGUUGAUCAGGAAGGUGCAGCUGGUUCCCUGUCAGUGGUCGGGGUAUUAUUUGGGGUAGCAGCUAGUGCCAGUGUGGCCAUGAACUCCAUCUUUACCAAGAAGGUGCUGCCCCUACUGGACAAUAAUGUUUGGCGUCUUACCUACUACAACAAUCUCAACGCCGUGGUGCUAUUCAUGCCCCUCAUGCUGUUGUCUGGUGAGGUGCCAGAAGUUAUGCACUUUCCUAAAAUUUGGGACUCCACCUUCUGGCUAUACAUGAAUGUUGGUGGCAUAUUUGGGUUUGCCAUUGGUUAUGUGACAGGUCUUCAAAUCCAGGUUACCUCCCCUCUCACACAUAACAUAUCAGGGACAGCCAAGGCAUGCGCCCAGACUGUGAUAGCCUGUCUCUACUUCCAGGAUUCCAAGCCUCUGCUUUGGUGGACCAGUAAUGCAGUCGUGCUUGGUGGAUCAGGUGCCUACUCUGAGGUCAAGCGCAGUGAGAUGAAACAACAGCACCAGGAUGCUCUCUCUAAGGUGGCUAAAAAUGUUGAGGAAGGAGAUAGUGAAAAACCAUUAAAAUCCUAAGUUUGUUCCUGUCGCUUCAUGUAUUGAUGUGACUGGAAGUUCAACGUUCAUCCUGUUUCAUCAUGUGUUGUAACAGAAGUCUUAAUACAUUCCUCAGAAAUCCUAUGUAUGUUCAUGUCAUAUAAUUUGUUACCACUGUGUGAUUGAAAGUCAUAGGUACAUCUGUCAAAUGUGUAUUGAUGUGACAAAGUCUUCGAUACAUUUCAGUCACAGUAUGUAUUGAUGGCACAUUCUGUAACAGCAGAGGUUGUUGUGACAGGAAGUUCUAGGUACUUUAUAUCACAGCAAUGUCGAUACCUGUCACAUGUGUUGGUAUAUCUGUCAUAUCAUGUACUGAUGUGACUAAAUGUCAUGUACAUUCUUUGUAUCAUGUACUGAUGUGAC